AUGUUCUCUUCGAACAUUAAAGUUACCCUAGAUACAACUUCAAACAAUAAUUUGAACUACAAUAACAAUAAUAGUAACAAAAAUGACAAUGACAUUAAUACUGACAAUAAUAAUUAUACUAAUAUAGACAUUAAUAAUUCUGAAACUUUUAACUCUCUUUCAAAAACGUGGUCAAAUGGAGAAACCAAUAUUUCUCUCAUGAACGAUCCUUUACACAAUAAUAAUAUUAACAACAAAGACCAAAAUUCAACGACAAUGGCUACUACAACAAUUGCCACUACGACAAUAACUAAAACCAAAACCUCCCCUUCUAAAAUGGAAAAAAAUCUUGAUUCAUCUUUAAAAAAAUCGGCAUUAAAAUUCAACAUUAAUCAUGAUCAAUCACCUCGUCCAAAUAGUAAGAAUAGAGAAAACGACAAUGGCAAAACUAGCGAAAGCAAUACAUUUGCUGAUACUCUGGAAUCAAUAAAGUUUAAUCGUAAACGUACAAUAUCAGCGCCAAAUUUUAGUGAUGUUCCUAUCGAAAAAGAAGGAGAUGUAAAAAAUGACAAUCAGAAAAUUCCCAUUAAUUCCACAACAAAUCCUGCUUCUAAAUCUAUGUACGAUAUUUCGAAUACAAAAAAAAUCGACUCUUUACCAUUAAAUAGAUCAAUUAAUGAAACACCUCAACAAUACCUCGAUAAGUUACGUGAUACAUUGUCAAAAUCUGAAUUGAUUACUCUUCUUGCAAAAAGUAAGGAUGUGUUUCAUGAAUCGGUGCUUCAUACAUAUUUGGAAAUAUUUGAUUUUGAAAGUGACCCAAUUGAUAUUGCAUUAAGAAAAUUUCUUAUGGAAUGUCAUCUUCCAAAAGAAUCACAGCAGAUUGAUCGUGUUAUGGAAGCGUUUGCAAAAAGAUAUCAUGAUUGUAAUCCUUCUUUAUUUCCUACAUCGGAUGUUUCUUAUAUGCUCUCAUUUUCACUACUGAUGCUUCAUACUGAUGCAUUUAACAAAAACGUAAAGCGAAAAAUGACUAAAGAAGAAUUCAUAAAGAAUACAACUAUAGAUGGCGUUCCGUCAGAAAUUCUUGAGAAAACAGUAACGGAAUUUAAACCAGAUAUUGUUGAUCUAGUUCCACUUGAAAAUCCCUAUUCUUACAAAGGAACAUUGUCACAAUUAAAUACAACUAAUAUUCAUCAAGCAUUUACAUCAGCACGCACAAUAAAAAUAACAGGUGUAAGAACUAAAAGAUGUAGUAGAAUUAUCAAUAGCAAUUGCAAUGGUAGUAAUAGUGGCGAUAGCAAUGUUGCAUGCAAUCCAAUAUGUUCUUCGUCACAGCCAUUAGACGAAAAUGAUAGAACGUUUAUAUUAAAAAUCACAAAAACCGGAAGGUUAGGCCGUAAAAUAGAUUUGGUUGAAGGUGGUAAAAGAGCUAAUUUCACAAGGAAUUGGAAAGAAUUUGGUGUCAUAUUGAGCGGAAGUCAGUUAAUGUUUUUCAGAAUUGAUAUUUGGAUUAAUUCAAAGAUUAGCGAAUUAAAUGACCCAUCAUCGAAGAAUGCAACUCUUCCAGUCCUUAAACCUAAUUUGAUCCUUAUGACAGGGGAUUCUAUUGCAGUAUAUGAUAAAAGUUAUACAAAAUAUCCAAAUGUCUUUCGUUUAGUUUUGUCAAAAGGUGAUCAAUAUCUUUUUCAGGCAGAAAAUAAAAAUGAAAUGAAUGAUUGGAUAGUGAAAAUUAAUUAUGCAGCAACAUUUAAAACUGUAAAUCAUGAACAAAAAAGCCAACCUCAGACUUUUUUCAAUUAUCAAAAUGAUGACGAAAUAAACACUAAUGACGCAAAAAGUAGAGCCGAUGUUUUAAGAACAAAGAUUCAAGAACUUCAAGUCAAAAUUGCUGCUCUUACAUCACAACUACAGACCGAUGUACGUUUUCGUAACAAUUUAGUUCUUAUGAUUCCAUAUAAAGCCAGCACAAGAGAUCGUAUUAUUCAAGUUGCCAUGACGGUUGGCAAACGUAUCAAACGUGUUUGUCUAGAGUUGUCUAGAUUUGUUUGUUAUCAAAAAAAAUCUUUUUCCAAACAUUUGGUUCUCGAAUCAAAUAAUAGUCGACCUUUUACUAUGGCCGUUACCAAUUCUACUCCCGAUUCUACUCCUGAUCUCUCUUCCGUAAAUAAUAGUUAUUACUAUAGUAGUAAUAAUAGUUCUUCCACUGUUAUCAAUACUUUCAAAACUGAUACUACUAUAGAUACUAAAUAUCUACUAAGUGGUAAUACUAUUUUUCAUCAAUUACAACCAUCAGAAACUGAACUUGAAGUGAUUGAAUCAAUUGAAAUAUUCGAGGGGGAUGAUAAAAAUGAAAAUUACGGAGAUAAUCAUUUUAAAAAUGACGAUGGAAAGGAUGACAAUGAUACUGAAGGUUUUGUAAAUAGAAAUAUUAAAAAUGAUGCCGAUUAUGAUCAUGCAAAAGAAGUUGUUGAAAUUAAGAUGUCAUCAUCAGCAUCAACACAACCGCAGUGGCUGCAAACACUGCCUCCAUCACUACCACCACUGCUAUUUCUAACAACACCAUCACUACAAGUAUCAUUUCAAUAUGACGAUGAUGGUGGGUUAGAUGAAUUUGUGGAUGCUCAAGAGAAUAUUAAUGAACUAUAA